AUGAUCCGUCACGACCGAGACCCGCGCUUCAUGGGUCGGGUGUUCAAGCCCUUCCGAGAGAUGCUCGGGAGCAGGCAAGAGAGGUCCAUGAAAACGGUGAUCCGCAGUGGUAAAGCGUACGUCCAAACUGUGGAUCAGAGUGACUGGGACGAGUUACCCGAAAAGCUCAUGUGGGCGCUGAACACCUCUUUCGACUUCACCCGACUCGACACGCCAUUUUACUUGGUGCACGGUUGGGACGCCCAAGAUCGACUCAAGGAGGGUUUCGAGGUCGGGAUCUCGGUUUGGUUGUACCUAGCCCGAAUCCGUCCUGGACUCACCAAGAAGCUCGCACAUCCCUGGCACGGCCCGUUCCGGAUCCGGGAAAAAGAUAGCGAUUUCCGAUACCGCCUCCUCUUUGAGGACAUCCCCGAGGACGACGACUUCGACGCUGCGUUGCUCCGUGAAGAUAGUUGGGGUCCUGAUGAAGGUUACGGGGAAUACGAGGUUGAAGUGAUACUGGACGUGCGCUGGGUCACCCGGACCCGCACCAGCCGGCGCGUCAAGGAAUACCUAGUAAAAUGGAAAGGCUACGAGGCUCCAGAUUGGAUUCCCCAAGAAUGCCUCAAUUGCGGGAGGCUGCUCUACGAGUUUGACCAAGGAGUGCGAGCCCGCGCGCGUUUCCAGACCAUACAGUCUGGAGACGAGCUCCUGGACGAAGAAGUCCGGUAG